CUCCACCUCUUUUCCAGAAAUCUUCAGACUCUCCUCAUAUAAAACUUGUAGGAGAGCCAGACUCUGAAUUAUAUAAAGUUCCCCCCCACGAUUCGUUAAACAGCAGGAUAAAAGAAUACCAUACUUUGUAAGGAUGUCAAAUGCUCAGUCAUUGGAUAGCCCUGAAGUUCUUAAAGAAGAUGACAGACCGAAGUGGGACAAUAAAUUCCAGUAUAUUUUAAGCUGCGUUGGAUUUGCAGUAGGCCUGGGAAAUGUGUGGAGAUUUCCAUACUUAUGUCAAAUAUAUGGAGGAGGGGCAUUCUUGAUCCCAUACGUCAUAGCACUUGUCUUUGAAGGAAUCCCAUUGUUUCAUCUUGAACUAGCCAUAGGACAGCGCUUGAGGAAAGGCAGCAUUGGUGUCUGGAAUACCAUCUCACCUUACUUUGGAGGAGUUGGUAUUUGUUCAUUGAUGGUGUCGUUCAUCGUGAGCUUAUAUUAUAACACCAUUUUAGCCUGGGUAAUGUGGUAUUUCAUUAACUCAUUCCAAGAGCCCCUUCCUUGGAGCGCUUGCCCACUAAAUGGGAACAGAACAGGAUACAUUGAAGAAUGCCAUGAAAGUACUGCAGUAAAUUAUUUCUGGUACAGGAGAGCUUUAAACAUAAGCUCUGAUAUCACUGACAAUGGCAACUUACAAUGGUGGUUAGUUUUGUGCUUGGCCAUUUGCUGGGCAAUUGUGUACAUUUGUACCAUUCGAGGAAUUGAAUCCACAGGAAAGGCUAUUUAUGUAACAGCCAUAUUUCCUUAUGUGGUCCUAACUAUAUUCCUUAUUCGUGGACUCACUCUACCAGGAGCCACUGAAGGUUUAGUUUACUUCUUCACUCCUAAUAUGAACAUUCUCAAAAAUCCCCGUGUAUGGCUUGAUGCAGCCACCCAGAUAUUUUUCUCUCUCUCCUUGGCUUUUGGAGGACUUAUAGCAUUCUCAAGCUACAACUCACCAAAAAAUGACUGUGAGAAGGAUGCUGUGACAAUAGCAAUUGUAAAUAGUAUGACAUCACUGUAUGCCUCCAUCCCAGUUUUUUCUAUUUUGGGAUUUAAGGCAACCACUGGUUACUGGGACUGCCUGGACAGGAACAUUAUCAGUAUCAUCAAUGAAUUUGAUCUUCCAGACCAAAGCAUCAUGAGAGACAACUAUACAAUCUGGUUUGGAUUCCUGAACACAACCCAUCCAAAAAAAAUUGCUAGUCUCAAAUUGAGAAGUUGUGACCUUCAAGAAUUUCUUGAGCAGAGUGCAUCUGGAACUGGCCUUGCCUUUAUUGUUUUCACUGAAGCAAUUAUUCUGAUGCCUGGCUCACAGGGCUGGGCUGUCCUGUUUUUUGUAAUGCUGUUCAGCUUGGGUCUUAGUUCUAUGUUUGGAAACAUUGAGGGAAUUUUGACUCCUCUCUUGGAGCUUCAUGUUGUAUCUAAAUCUGUACCCAAGGAAGUUCUAUCAGGUGUAAUAUGCCUGGUCUCCUUUGUGACAGCUCUAUGUUUUACCCUGAGGUCUGGCAGUUACUGGCUUGAAGUUUUUGACAGUUAUGCGGGUUCCUUGCCUUUGCUAAUCAUCGCUUUCUUUGAAGUGACUGGUGUUGUCUAUGUUUAUGGAAUUAAAAGGUUCAGUGAUGAUGUGAAAUGGAUGACAGGACGACAACCAAACUUCUACUGGCAGGUGUCAUGGAGAAUUAUUAGCCCUCUGCUAAUGCUUACAGUCUUUAUUGCCUUUGUUACCCUUCAGACACAGAAGCAACCAAGCUAUGGCGCCUGGAAUCCUAAAUUUAAAGAUUUUCCCAUGAAGGAGGAGAAAGACUAUCCAGCUUGGAUACUGGCCAUUUGUGUGCUGUUGGUAGUCCUCCCUUGUAUAUUCAUACCUUUGAUAGCAUUCUAUCAUCUGAUCAAAAGAGUGCUAGGAAGGAGAAAGAAGGAAGGAACCUAA